GAGGAGGAGGAGGCCAGGCCCAUAAACUAUCAUCCUCGCGGAACCUUCCGCUGCUAACGGUCAAGUACGCGGAGAACCAUGGCUGAAGUGCACGUGAUCGGGCAGAUCAUAGGGGCCACCGGUUUCUCUGAAAGCAGCCUUUUCUGCAAGUGGGGCAUCCACACAGGAGCUGCAUGGAAGCUUCUGUCAGGUGUCCGGGAAGGCCAGACACAAGUGGACACACCCCAGAUAGGGGACAUGGCCUACUGGUCCCAUCCCAUUGACCUGCACUUCGCUACCAAAGGUCUGCAAGGUUGGCCUCGACUCCAUCUCCAGGUGUGGUCCCAGGACAACUUUGGCCGCUGCCAGCUUGCCGGCUAUGGCUUUUGCCAUGUGCCUAGCAGCCCAGGCACUCAUCAGCUGGACUGCCCUACGUGGAGGCCCCUGGGCAGUUGGCGAGAGCAGCUAGCGCGGGCCUUCGUGGGCGGUGGGCCACAGCUGUUGCACGCAGACACCAUCUACAGUGGGGCUGACCGCUAUCGCCUGCACACUGCCGCGGCUGGCACUGUGCACCUUGGUAUCGGCUUGCUCUUGCGCCAUUUUGAUCGCUAUGGUGUGGAGUGUUGAGGGGCUUCACCGCCACUAGUCACCAUCGCCCACAGCUCUGGGCACUCUUGAGCACGGGAUGGCACAGCAGUCAAGAACUUGGAACUCUGCACACUGUCAGUCCUGACCUCACCCAAGUGGCCCUCGUGCCCAACUAGGACAGCAAGGCCAGGAACUCUCCCGAGGCCCAUGCCCCACUGUAAGUCUGUGGACUGUCUGGCAUGUGGGGUCACUUAAUAAAAACAUGCAUUUCUCAUUGGUAUGGCGCCGCUUCCUUGU